AUGGGCUUCUAUAUGGUUCUAUAUGGUUCUAUGUGCUUCUAUAUGGUUCUAAAUGCUUCUAUGGGCUUCUAUAUGGUUCUAUAUGGUUCUAUGUGCUUCUAUAUGGUUCUAAAUGCUUCUAUGGGCUUCUAUAUGGUUCUAUAUGGUUCUAUGUGCUUCUAUGUGCUUCUAUAUGGUUCUAUGUGCUUCUAUAUGGUUCUAUAUGGUUCUAUGGGCUUCUAUAUGGUUCUAUAUGGUUCUAUGUGCUUCUAUAUGGUUCUAAAUGCUUCUAUGGGCUUCUAUAUGGUUCUAUAUGGUUCUAUGUGCUUCUAUAUGGUUCUAUAUGGUUCUAUGUGCUUCUAUAUGGUUCUAAAUGCUUCUAUGGGCUUCUAUAUGGUUCUAUGGGCUUCUAUAUGGUUCUAUGUGCUUCUAUAUGGUUCUAAAUGCUUCUAUGGGCUUCUAUAUGGUUCUAUAUGGUUCUAUGGGCUUCUAUAUGGUUCUAUGUGCUUCUAUAUGGUUCUAAAUGCUUCUAUGGGCUUCUAUAUGGUUCUAUAUGGUUCUAUGGGCUUCUAUAUGGUUCUAUAUGGUUCUAUGUGCUUCUAUAUGGUUCUAUGUGCUUCUAUAUGGUUCUAUGUGCUUCUAUAUGGUUCUAUGUGCUUCUAUAUGGCUCUAUAUGGUUCUAUGUGCUUCUAUAUGGUUCUAUAUGGUUCUAUGUGCUUCUAUAUGGUUCUAAAUGCUUCUAUGGGCUUCUAUAUGGUUCUAUAUGGUUCUAUGGGCUUCUAUAUGGUUCUAUGGGCUUCUAUAUGGUUCUAUAUGGUUCUAUGGGCUUCUAUAUGGUUCUAUGUGCUUCUAUAUGGUUCUAAAUGCUUCUAUGGGCUUCUAUAUGGUUCUAUAUGGUUCUAUGUGCUUCUAUAUACUUCUAUAAUGAAUAUAUAG